UCUUUCCUCACUGCUCCACUGAGAGGAUCACUCCAGCACCUCAUCUGCUCCACUGCUUCACCUGUGCACACCUGCCGCUGCUGCAAGAAAGUCACUCCUUCACUCUUCACUCUAGAGCAAGAUGGGUUGUGCGCCGCGCCGUGUAGUGGUCCUGGUCCUCCUCCUUGGGCUGACAAACGCCGCCUACCUUAACGGCGGAGGAAACGGAGGAGGAAACGGAGGCUACGGAGGAAACGGAGGAGGAGGAGGAGGAGGCAACGGAGGCUACGGAAAUGGAGGCGGAUUUGGAGGAAACGGCGGAGGAGGAAACGGCUACGGAGGGAACGGCGGCUACGGAGGCAACGGCGGAGGAAACGGAGGAGGCAACGGCGGUAACGGAGGAGGCAACGGAGACCUAGGCUCAGCUAUCGGAGGAGGAGGAGAGCCAGGUGUCGACUACCCAAUCCUUGCUACUGUUCCUGACACUGGCUUCUCCUGCGACGGUCGAAUUCCAGGAUACUACGCUGACACUGCCCCCGAAGCUGGCUGCCAGGUCUUCCACAUCUGCCAGUUCGAUGGGCGCCAAGACUCCUUCCUCUGUCCCAACGGCACCAUCUUCAACCAGCAGUACUUCGUGUGUGACUGGUGGUACAACUUCGACUGCGCCACCGCCGAGCAAUUCUACGAUCUCAACUCAAACAUCGGGGUCACCAACGGCGGGAACGGAGGCAACGGAGGCAACGGAGGCAACGGAGGUAACGGCAACGGUGGAUAUGGCAACGGUGGUGGAUAUGGUGGCGGCAACGGUGGAUACGGUGGCAGGACUAACGGAGGUGGCAACGGAGGCUACAGCAACGGUAACGGCAACGGUAACGGCAACGGCAACGGUAACGGUAACGGCCAGCCAUCAGGACUCUACCAAACGCCGGGGAAAUAAGAAGCACACGCAAACGCACGCACGAACGCACUCUAACGUAGGACGAAUGGACACGGAAGGAUAAACAACAAGAUGAAAAAUAAAGCAAGAAAAUAGAAAGUAAUAAUUAUAAAAUGAAAAUGAUGGAAGAAAAAUCACACGACAAAAACUAAAAAAAAAAAAAAAAAAAAAAAACACCGCAUAUUGAUUUCUAAAUACGCGGCUGUUUUUUUUUUUAUUAUUUCUUUAUUUACACUUUAAUUGGAUUCAGAUUUCAUUAUCAUUGUUGCUUUUGUUGUUUUUGCUUUACGGUGUCGACGAUGUGAGAGAGAGCGCACGCAAACACGAGUACUAUAUUUAAUUAAAUCGAGAAUUAUACAUAGAUAGUAUUUAUAGAAUUGCUACUGUGUAAAUAGCUUCUUUUUAUAUACUGAUCUCUCUCUCUCUCUCUCUCUCUCUCUCUCUCUCUCUCUCUCUCUCUCUCUCUCUCUCUCUCUCUCUCUCUCUCUCUCUCUCUCUCUCUCUCUGCUUCGAUAGAUAGAGGGUACAAGCUCUUCGGACUAUUCCUGUGCCAUAAGAUAGACCAGAUCAGAACUCACGCUACGCUGUAUUAUUAUGAAGCAAAUAAAAGAUACAGUAUUC